GUAUACUCGUCACUAAAGUUUAAAAUGAUAUUUUGUAUUAAACAAGAAAAGGGAGAUACACUAGAGUCAGUUGUCCGACCAGAACCAGUAACAAAAAUAGAACCUUAUCAAACUAGGGAACAAUGAAAAGACUUUUUUGGCCACCAUACAAGCCACCAUAUUCUGAGCACGACUAACAAAACAAACACUAAACUUGUAGAAACACUACC